AUGGCCUCGAGCAAAGAGGAUGGCAUUAAACAAGAGGACUGUGAGUGGAGUGCACCAGAGGAUGUGUGUGUGAAGGUGGAGGACUGUGAAGGACAAAUUUCAGCUUUCAAAGAGGAGUGCAAGGGGGAGGCUAACAAUGUUCAAAUUACGGAUCGAGAAUGUUCCUCUGUGAAUCUUGAACUGCAGAAGGAUGAAACGGGGAAUCUCUUCAAGACAGAUGUUUGUGAGGAGUCCCCUCCUCCCGGUUUGCAGCCCUGGGUCACUCAUAUGGGGAACCUGGCUACUCAUCAGAAUUCAACAGGAGUGAAAUCCGAGUUAUUGGAGUUUGAAGAGAAAAUCAAUGAAGGAGACAGGAAAGAAACAGAGCAGCAGUCAUGUUUCCUGGAGAAUCGUAGUUUCUCUGUGUCUUCAUUUGCUGACCGCGCUCCUCCGUGCAGACUGCAGCAGAAACAAAAGAAGGAGAAGCUGAAGAAAUCAACAAGAGGAGCAGAGGAUGUGACAGCAGCUGCCUCCCACUACAGCUGUCCGACUGCUGACCAACAGACACAGGCGGAAGCCCUUGAUCCUGACCAAAAUCAAGUCCACAAUACGGAGCAUGAGGCUUUAUACGCUAGCCAAAAAACUUUUGAAAACAAAACUGACUGUGAAAAUCAGUUAAUUCAUUCCGUUCCAAAGCCAUUUGCCUGUUCGGCAUGUGGCAAACAGUGUGCUAAUCGUAGCAGUCUCCAAAGACACAGGCAAGUUCAUACUGGAAAACGGUUGUGUACUUGUUCAGAAUGUGGCAAACGUUUUUUUGACCAUAACACUCUGCAGCGUCACACAAGAAUUCACACUGGAGAGAAGCCCUAUACCUGUUCUGAUUGUGGUAAAGGAUUCUCAUUUUUAAGUAAUUUUCAUAACCAUUUGAGAAUUCACAGUGGAGAAAAGCCUUAUGGUUGUAGUGAAUGUCACAAACGGUUCUCACAAAUUGGCCACCUUCAAACCCACACAAGAAUCCACACUGGAGAAAAGCCAUAUUGCUGUUCUGAAUGCAACAGACAAUUCUCGGAUAUUAGUGCCCUGCAAAACCACAGAAAGUCUCACACUGGAGAAAAAAUGUAUUGCUGUUUAGAAUGUGGCCGACGAUGUACUAAUCCAAGUAGUCUCCAAAGACACCUGCGAGUUCAUAGUGGAGAAAGGCCAUGUAUUUGUGGUGAAUGUGGUAAACAAUUCUUUGAUCGCAACACUCUUCAGCGGCACACACGAAUUCAUACGGGAGAGAAACCCUAUUGCUGCUCUGAAUGUGGAAAAAGAUUCUCUUACAGUAGUUCUCUUCAGGCACAUAAACAAAUUCACACUGGAGAGAAGCCGUAUGUCUGUUCUGAAUGUGGCAAACUAUUUCCACACAGAAAUAGUCUGCACAGACAUGAAAAAAUUCACACUGGCGGGAAAAAACCCUGCUGCCCAGAGUGUGGCAAGCAAUUCCGCUGUAGUAGUGCUCUCCAGCGGCACGCGCAUAUUCAUACUGGAGAGAAACCAUACAGCUGUGUCAAAUGCAACAAAAGAUUUUCUUAUAAGAGCAGUCUUUACAAUCAUUCAAAAAUUCACACUGAAGAAAAAUCUUAUUGCUGUUCUGAAUGUGGUAAACGAUUCUCAUGUUUAAGUCAUUUUCAUAGCCAUUUGAGAAUUCACAGUGCAGAAAAGCCUUAUAGUUGUAGUGAAUGUGAUAAACGAUUCUUACGAGAAAGAAGCCUACAGAUGCAUUUUAGAAUACAUACUGGAGACAGGCCAUAUUGCUGUUCAGAAUGUGGCAAAGUAUUCUGUGAACGAAGCAGUCUUAAAAGGCACACACGAAUCCACACUGGAGAAAAACCGUAUGGCUGCUCUGAAUGUGGUAAACGAUUCUCUGACAGGAGCUCUCUUCAGAGCCACACAAGGUUUCACACUGGAGACAAACCAUUCUGCUGUUCAGAAUGUGGCCGACGAUGCGCUAAUCCUAGCAGUCUCCAACGACAUAUGCGAGUUCAUACCGGUGAAAGGCCAUGUUCUUGUUCUGAAUGUGGCAAACAAUUCUUUGACCGUAACACUCUUCUGCGGCAUACACGGAUUCAUACAGGAGAGAAACCUUAUUGCUGUUCUGAAUGUGGCAAGAGUUUUUCUUACAGUGGCUCUCUUCAGAAGCACAGACGAAUUCACACAGGAGAGAAGCCAUAUUGCUGUUCUGAAUGUGGCAAACAGUUCCUUGACAGUAGUUCUCUUCGACAGCACACACAAACUCAUACAGGAGAGAAGCCAUAUUGUUGUUCUGAAUGUGGUAAAAGAUUUUCACAAAAAAACAACCUUAAAUACCACUUAAAUAUUCACAAUAGAGAGAAAAGAAAAUCAGUUCUAAGCUAGCUGACUAAAAAUAAACAAAAAAUGAAAAAUUUAAUCUUUGGUGGGAUGCUGAAGUCAGGAGUGCUCAUGAAAAGAAACUUCUAGGAUUUUUGACCUUCCUACCAGCUACUAUCACUUUGUAUCAAUUGCAUAAGGAGGCAUAAUUAGGAAAAAUAUCUGGUGCUAAAAGCUGGAAAUUUACAGUAAUAGCAGUUAAGGUCGCGUCACUGAAAUGUCCUGACUAAAGCGAGACCGUUAGCACACAAAACCCAUUGGGAGGAACUCACCUUGAAAGAAUCCUCUUUGGUGUUCGGAAUUUUGAGAAAUGAUUCUUACAAAUAGGUGCAUGUCAUUAAUACAUGAAACGUAAUUCAUAGUGGACAGAACCUGGUGUUCAGAACAACUCUGUGGCUUUUCUCCAUUGUUCAACAAUGGCUUAUUGGACAGAUAGCUUGGUUCCAUUUAUGUUUAGAAGUACCUCAUUUUCCUGUCUGUUUAGACAAAUCUGUGUUUUUUUUGUGUACUCAUUAUAUCAUUAGUAAAGUUUGUGUCUGAAUUUGUUACCAAGUUCUGGGCUGCACCCAAUGAAGACCUUCAAACAAUAAUAAACUGAAUUGAACUGGAAAUGUUCUUGUUGUCCCUAGUGAACUAACAAUUUUCAUACUUUAUUGGCCUUCAUAACCAUUGAACGGGAAGGUCUACAAGAUGGUAGUGAGACCAGCUAUAUUAUAAGGGUUGGAGACGGUGGCACAGGAGACAGAGCUGGAGGUGGCAGAGUUAAAGAUGUUAAGAUUGGCAUUGGGUGUGAUGAGGAUGGACAGGAUUAGAAAUGAGGACAUUAGAGGGUCAGCUCAGGUGGGACAGUUGGGAGACAAAGUCAGAGAGGUGAGAUUGCAUUGGUUUGGACAUGUGCAGAGGAGAAAUACUGGGUAUAUUGAGUGAAGGGUGCUAAGGAUAGAGCUGACAGGGAAGAGGAGAAGAGGAAGGCCUAAAAGAAGGUUUAUGGAUGUAUUGAGAGAGGAAAUGCAGGUGAUGGGUGUAACAGAGCAAGAUGAUGAGGACAGGAAGAUAUGUAAAUGGAUGAUCCGCUGUAGAGACCUCUAACGGGAGCAGCCAAAAGAAGAAGAAGAUUGGCCUUCAAAGCCAUUGAAGAAGUCAUACUGGUGAGAAACCUCAUAUCUGUUCAAAAUGUGGCAAGCGUUUCUCAAGCAACAACAGCCUUAAUAGCUACAUGAGAAUUCACACUGGUCAGGAAUAAAUACAUCAAUAAAUAGAUAAAAUAAGAUAAAAAUGAUAAAACAACAGAAGGUGCAAACAGAACUUUCCCAAAUGUGGAAGAAGACCACCAAAAUCAUACCAGUAAUAACCAGAUCAAGAGGACUUAUCAAAUGAAAUUUCCAAACACAUGCCCUACAAAUUAAUGUCCUCACAUACAAAUUAAAAAUAAGUAAACACACUGGGUAUGAAGAAGGUGCUGGGUCAAGCCCAAAUGGCAAACUUAAGAGAACAGCAACACCCUAAAUGAUUACAACUAAGGUCUUGUUAAUUCUUGUCUAGACCAUAAGGUAAAGUAACCC